AUGAGCAUGGGCUCAUUUACAAAUAAAAAAUUGUCCAAACACUUGCCUGAUUUUAUACCCGAGCUCUCCAGCACCUUCUCUCCAACCCUGGAGGACAUUGAGGAGUUCUUGAUGGAGAAGAUGGAGCUUCUGAGUGAUGCUCCUCUGAGUCCGGAGGAAAAGUCAAAGGAGGAUGAGCCUCCCAUACAGCCGGCUUCCCCCGGUGACGCAGAGCCGAAAUCCAGCCCGACCACAACGCCUCCUGCCGCUCAGAGUGUUAACACCACAGCUAGUGCCGCGCCGGUGCUCGUCGGUGCUCCGUUUGUGCUUCAAUUACAACCUCUCCAGCUAAGCCACGCCCUCCCACAGCCAGACGCCCAAUCGGGUGUGGCCAACGGGCUCCGGGUGGCCCAUCUGCUGCUCGGUGUCCAAGGGGCACAGAACAUUACCCUUCUUUCACCGCAGGUGCCCUCAGCAACUCUCCUCCCCAUUGUGGGCGAGGCCGUCAACCAAGACCAAAAGUAUGUGAAGAUCGCUCCCCUGCCUAUUGCCGUCAGGGCGGUCGGAAUAGCGGGCACAGGCCUGGUCAAAGCCAUCACUCCACGUCCAUCCAGGACCUCCACAGAAACCUUGCGGGUACAUAAAUGCUCUCACCCCGGGUGCGAGAAGAUGUACACCAAGAGCAGCCACCUGAAGGCUCAUUUCCGCAGACACACGGGAGAGAAACCCUACCUGUGCAGCUGGCCAGACUGUGGGUGGAGGUUCUCUCGCUCUGAUGAGCUGUCUCGCCAUCGGCGGUCUCACUCGGGAGUCAAGCCUUAUGAGUGCACAAUGUGCGACAAAAAGUUUGCCAGGAGCGACCACCUGUCCAAACACACCAAGGUGCACCGGGGUCCUCGUGCCGGCAGACUAGUCAGGGCAAACGUCUGAUCCCCGGAUAAACCUGGAGUGUGAUUCCUGGAGUCUGAGAGGGAAAGCUAUGAUAUCGAAGCUGUAACCCUCCGCCUUCAUUUUUGUCUCUGUUUCCUCCCCCAUUUUUUUAUCCAGAUGUUUGUUUAUCUUGGUGCUACAGUCAGCUAACUUGAAACUCAGGGAUGUGAUUGUUAAGCUCAAAGCAGAUUUCUGGCUUUUUUUGGAGGGCUGAAGUAGAAGCUCACAAUCGAUUUCAUCACGUUUCGUCCUUCGCUGGUGUAAAGCUACAGGUUGAGCUGCAACAGCUUUCGAGAUCUAUUCUUAUUGCCUUUAAACCAGGUUGCAGGAAGUCUGGAGAUCUAAAGGGCAAUACGGAGUAUAAUUUGAAGAAACGUAUUUCCUGUACAGUUUGUGACUAUUGUGUUAUAGAUGAAAAUAUACAAGGAAAACAGUAUUUUGGUCGGCUCUAGCACGUUAACUGAAGCAAGAAUGCGGCAGAAUUUUCCUUAAAUUAAGACAAUAUGCACUAUGAUUUAGGCUAUGAUAUUAUGCAUUAUCAAACAUGGCCUCUGUCAGGGCGAAUCUGAAGAAAAAUGCAAUAUUUAGUCCUAUUUUAUCCAAAACAAAAAAAGAAUGUUUUACUUGUAUGUUGCAUACGUUGUGACAUUGUUUUUUUAUUACUGUUAAGUAUAUUUAAUUCUCAAAAUAACCAGCAGCCAUGC